AUGAGCGUUAAACACAGGAGGAGGAUCAUCACUGAGGAUCCAGACUGGUCCCUGGAACAAGUGCCUUACCUGUCCAAACUCUGUCUGCAGGAAAUCAUCAAGAACAUAGAAGUUCUUCCUAUAUAUGGAGAACUGGGGCCUUCUGAGCAGAAGUUCAUCCAGGAGAAGCUACCACCGAAUGCUCCCCUCACAGUCACGGCCAACCUGAUCCCCGACGGCGUCUACUGGGAACGCCGCUCCAAGGAACUCUGGGACAACUGCGACGUGUCCUACCAUGGCCAGAGCUGGAAGAGACUGUUUUUUGAGCGCUACUUGGAGGGACUAAUCGAAGCGUUCAUCCCUGGAGAAACCAAGCUCAAAACCAUCCUGGAAAUGGUACCUCUGUGUAAAGAUUAUGUGAAAGGAUUGGAUAUUAAAGAGCUACUCCUGCCGAUUAAAACACUACAGAAGAAGGAGGAAGAGGAGGAACAUUCCAAGCUGGGCAGUAUCCACGAUGAAGAGGACAAACCUUUUCUAGACCAUUUUAAUUUCAAUGUCCUGCUGGAAAAGCUGGACAACCUGGAAGAGCUCCACCUGGUGUACAGAGUGAAGCAGUGCGGCAUCAACUACCAGAAGGAUAUGUUUCGGAUGACGCAGAGGGACUGUGAGACGCUGGCUCAGGCUGUCAAGUCCUGCAAGACUCUCAAGGUUCUGCACCUCUACCACAGCAUGGUCGAUGACACUCAGUGCAGACUUCUGGUUGAACACUUACUGGACCACCCAUCUUUGACCAAGCUGGACCUCAGUUUCAACUGCAUAGAAGACAGAGGAGCCAGAGCCAUCGGCAAACUGCUCACCCAGAGUAAACUGAAGACCCUCAAACUUUACAACACCAUGAUCAGAGACCACGGCGCUAAAGCCAUCGCCCACGGCCUCUCCACUAACACCACUCUGGAGGAGCUGAACCUGAGCCUGAACCGUGUGGGGGACGAAGGAGGGGAAGCCAUCGCGACCGCUCUGGUCAACAACUCCUCCCUGAAGACCCUGGACCUGGGGGGGAACGAGGUGGGCGAGCUGACCGCCAUCGCUCUCUCCAAAGUGCUCAUCCAGAACCCAACCCUGACAAGGAUCAGUCUCCUAUUCUGCAAACUGGGAGUGGAAGGAGGUAAAGCCCUGCGGGAGGCCAUGUCCAACAACAGCACUGUGCUCAGGUUUGAAAAAGACUUGGAUUUCAUGUCUGAAAAUCCUCUGUAG